AUGUCAAGUGGUCUUCACAGGUUUAGCAUUUUGGACAAGUGUAAUAUACCUAAGAGACGUGCUAAAGAGUUUAUUUUCAUGGACGAGGAGACGAAGAGUUGCUUCACAGAAUACUCCAUGUCCUCGUCGGUGAUGAGGAGGAACGAGCAGCUCACCCUGCUGGACGACCGCUUCGAGAAGUUUUACGAGCAGUUUGAUGACGAUGAGAUCGGAGCGCUGGAUAACGCCGAGCUGGAGGGGUUCAUCCAGCCGGACAGCGCUCGCCUGGAGGAAGUCAUCAAAGACUAUUUCAUACAGAAAGGGAAAGAAUACUUGAGACCUGACAACUUGGGUCCUAAAGAACUUCCUGCCGUGAAGGAGGAGGAUGAAGACGAUGAUGAAGAUGAAGAGGAAGAGAUGGAAACCGUUGUUAUCAAGGGUCCAGAGGAGAAGUGGAACUGUGAAACCAUCAUCAGCACAUAUUCCAACAUCUAUAACAGACCCAAGUUGAUUCAGGAACCACAAAGGACGAAGCCGAUCCGAGUGUCCCAGAAGACGGGCAUCCCUCUGGACGUCCUUCCUACCAAAGGCCUGACCGCUAAGCAGGCGGAGCGCAUGAUGAGGAUCAACAACUCGGACCUGCCUCGAGUUUCUACCCAGCAGCACAGCAAGGAGGAGAGCACAGAGGAGAGGAAGCAGAGGAAACUCGCCAUCAAGGAAGAACGCAAGGAGCGGAGAGUGGAGAAGAAAGCCAACCAGACGGCGUUUAAGGAGGAGAAAGUGCGGCAGGAGAAGCAGAUGUUGAGCCUGAGAGCCAACGUUCUAGGCAUGAAGCUUUAAUAAAUAAACUCUGCCCACACUGACUUU